AAAGAAAGGAAGAAAGCAGCCCAACACAUGUCCUCUCUGCUCUUCAAAAGGAUCACACUCCCAGCAGUCAACUGGUCCCAGUUCCUGUUCUCCUUGUUCGCUCGCAUGAUCCAAUCUUAAACUAUAAAUCAACUAAACAACAAUUUUUUUUUAAACGUCUGCUCUCUCUCUCUCUCUCUCUCUCUCUCUCUCUCUCUCUGAUCUGAUCAUGGCCCAUUCGGCAGCAGUCUCGCAGGUUUCUUUUGCUGCUCCUGUUGGAAGCAAUUCCACUCUGCGAAGAGCGGUUCUCAAGCCACAAAGUAUAAGCUUCAGUGAUAAAUCAUGGGCCUUUUCAUUAGCUUUGGACUUGAAAUCAAGGAAUGCUCAAUUGCAAAAUCGUUACAUAAUAUGCAUGUCAGUGCAACAAGCCAGCAGAUCUAAGGUUGCAGUUUCACCUUUGGAACUUGAAGAUGCCAAAGAACCUCCUUUGAAUUUAUGCAAGCCCAAGGAACCUUACACCGCAACCAUUGUCUCUGUUGAGAGGCUUGUAGGGCCAAAAGCUCCUGGAGAGACCUGCCAUAUUGUGAUUGAUCAUGGUGGUAAUGUUCCUUACUGGGAAGGACAAAGUUACGGUGUUAUCCCUCCUGGUGAAAACCCAAAGAAGCCGGGGGCACCUCACAAUGUACGUCUCUAUUCAAUAGCGUCUACCAGGUACGGAGACAAUUGUGAUGGCAAGACAGCUACUUUAUGUGUUCGUCGUGCUCUCUAUUAUGAUCCUGAGACUGGAAAGGAGGACCCCUCAAAGAGCGGUAUAUGCAGCAAUUUCCUUUGCAACUCAAAGCCUGGGGAUAAGGUUCAGAUCACUGGACCCUCUGGCAAGAUAAUGCUUUUGCCUGAAGACAACCCUAAUGCCACCCACAUAAUGAUUGCUACUGGUACUGGUGUGGCUCCUUUUAGAGGCUACCUCCAUCGUAUGUUCACAGAGGAUGUCCCUACAUUCAAGUUUGGUGGUCUCGCUUGGCUUUUCCUUGGGGUAGCGAACACUGACAGUCUCCUCUAUGAUGAUGAAUUCACGAAGUUUCUUCAAGACUACCCAGGCCACUUCCGCUAUGACAAGGCACUUAGCAGAGAACAAAAGAACAGGAGCGGAGGAAAGAUGUAUGUGCAGGACAAAAUUGAGGAAUACAGCGAUGAAAUCUUCAAACUCUUGGAUGGUGGAGCUCACAUCUACUUCUGUGGGCUCAAGGGAAUGAUGCCCGGAAUCCAAGAUACACUGAAGAGAGUCGCAGAGCAGAGAGGAGAAAGCUGGGAGCAGAAGCUUUCACAGCUCAAGAAGAACAAGCAAUGGCAUGUGGAGGUGUAUUGAUUUGCAUAUUGUUAACCUCAUUCUCAUCUUUCUUGGGGCAAAAAGCAGCAGGCCGUUCCUCCUCAGCGAAUGCUGCAUUUUACAAUUGUUAUUUGGUCAGCUUUGCAUAAACUCAGAUAAGCCCUUUAAAUUCAUCUGUAUUAUUAAAUAAUCAAAUGAUUCUCUUGACCAUAACAGAUGAAGAAUCCUUUUGGGUUUAUAAUUGUUAAAGAUUCAUGUAUUAGCAGUGUCCAGUGAACUGGUGUUGUCUUUGCCUUCACUGGCAUAGCCACCUUUCAUGCAAAUGCAACGGUAGGUGAAGAUCACCUUAGACAAUCCAGCUCCCUGUUCUUGCA